AUGGUUUGGUUGUAUGUUCGGGCCGGACGCGGGAUGUUGGACUCAUGGUCGAACAGUGUGGUCGUGCACGGUACGCGGAAUGUGGGAAGCGGGCAGGUCAAGCACGGAACGAUGCUUCCCGGUUCAAACGGUGCGAUGCUGGGCGCUAGAUUGAAGUGGGUCGACUGUGGGAUGAUGCUUCCUGGGUCGGUUCGCGUGUUCGGCUGCGUGCUAUGCUGGAUAGGUAAUUGCGCGCUGCCCGGCACGACUGCGGGACGAUGGUUCCCGGGUCGGCCGACGCGCACGGUCUUGGUGCGGCAUUGUAUGUUGCGCGGAUUCGGCUGUCAGGACCAGUCUUCACUAAAACGAUCAUAA